AUGCUAUCACAGUUGCGACAAAUCGGACUGGAUACCAACGUUCGAGAAGUUUUUGAUAGUCUCUCAUUAGCCGCACUAGCUAAGAUUAUUGGCAAAUACCAGAAAAUCAGUAUUCCACCCAAUCUGAUUACCGAAAAUUGUAUGAAGAUUACACCGGACAUGUUACCACUUAUCAGCCUAUCUCAAUCAGAGAUUGAUUCUCUAGUAGCUCAAGUACCGGGUGGUAUAGCCAAUAUUCAAGAUAUUUAUGGAUUAGCACCAUUACAAGAAGGAAUCUUGUUUCAUCAUAUGAUGGCUGAGCAUGGCGAUUCGUACUUGCUAGUUAGUCGUCUACAUUUUAGUGAUCGAGAGAAACUUGAACGUUUUGUAGCCGCUUUGCAACAGGCAAUUGAACGACACGAUAUUUAUCGGACCGCCUUCAUUUGGGAGGGACUCAGUGAACCUGCACAAAUCGUAUUGCGUCGAGUUCCUUCGAUACUCACCGAAGUCACACUGGAUGAAACCGAUGAUUCGGCCCUAGAACAAUUAAAUAACCGCUUUAAUCCACGUCACUACAAACUAGAUCUGACCCAAGCGCCUUUGCUACGUGUGUUUGCUGCUCGAACGGCUGAAGAAAAAUGGGUGGCAGUGAUUCUCAUGCACCAUUUAAUUGAUGACCACACAACACUAAAAAGACUGAAUGUAGAAGUGCACGCCAUCAUCGAUGGACAAAAUGAGAAUUUGACAACUCCCACGCCAUUCCGGCAAUUAGUGGCUCAAGCUCGCCUAGGAGUUAGCCAAGCUGAACAUACUAAAUUUUUCGAAGAAAUACUUGCGGACGUUGAUACACCAACCCUUCCGUUUGGUCUGAGGGACGUUCAUAGCGAUGGAAUCUCAAUCGAUGAAAUACAUCUGAAGUUACCAAAGGAGAUUAGUAAUCAGUUGCGAACCCUUGCACGCCAUUUACAUGUUGGCUUGACCAGCCUUUGCCAUUUGGCGUGGGCACAAGUACUUGCUAAAGCCAGUGGACACAAGACAGUUGUCUUCGGCACCGUACUAUUCGGUCGUUUAAAUUCCGGAGAGAACGAUAGUACAAUGGGGUUAUUGAUAAACACGCUACCAAUUAGGCUGGAUAUGGACGAGAGAACGGUUGAGAACGCCGUGCGUCAUACUCACUCACGUUUAAGUGCAUUGCUAGAACAUGAGCAUGCAUCGCUUGCGUUGGCACAACGUUGUAGCGGAGUGCCAGCAACUUUGCCGCUUUUCAAUGCGUUAUUGAAUUAUCGUCAUAAUCAGCUAAACAUGGAGGUCACUACGUUAAUUGAUGGAGUCACUCUUCUGAGCGCUGAGGAGCGAACAAAUUAUCCAAUAACCUUAUCAAUUGAUGACGACAGUGAGGCGCUAGUUCUAACAGCUCAAGUGAUGUCACCAAUAUCAGCAGCACGGAUUUGUGUUUAUAUGCAACAAGCCCUCUUCUCACUUGUCGAUGCCUUAACUCACACACCACAGCGACCUGUACGAACAUUGACUGUGAUGCCACCAGAAGAACGAGAGAUGCUGUUGCAUACAUGGAACCAGACGACAGUUAAUUAUUCGACUCUUCGUUGCCUUCACGAGUUAUUUGAAGAACAAGUAGAGCGGGACAGAAAUGCAAUCGCUAUUGAAUGUGAUAGAGAAACUUUGAGUUAUGCUGAACUCAAUGUUCAAGCAAAUAGAUUGGCACAUUAUCUGAUUGAGCUAGGUGUCAAACCUGAUGAUCGCAUCGCACUUUGUGUUAAACGCAGCUCUAAAUUGGUCGUAGCUAUAUUGGGAAUUCUAAAAGCUGGUGGCGCCUACGUUCCACUUGAUCCAGUUUACUCGAGUCAACGCCUCAGAAAUAUUUUACAAGACGCAAAUCCAUUGUGUUUGUUGGUGGAUUCUAUUGGUCAGAAAGCACUUAAAGAUCAUGAGGUGCCUGUGGUCAAUUUAGAUGAAGCGUUGCGAGACUCAUUGCCAGAUGAUGAAAAUCCUGAUCCGAUAAAGCUGAACCUAACGCCGACGCACUUGUCCUUUGUACUUUACACCUCUGGAUCAACUGGAACGCCGAAAGGGGUGAUGAUCGAACACAUGAAUAUCACAAAUUACCUUAACUGGUGUAAGGAGGAGUUUACAACGGAAGAUUUGGAGCAUACCUUAUUUUCAACUUCUAUUGGAUUUGAUUUGUCUGUUUUCGAAUGUUUUGCGCCAUUGUCUGUGGGAAAAAUUGUACAUAUCGUGAAGGAUGCACUCUCUAUUACACAAUUUCAGUCCAAUAUCUCCUUGUUCAACACAGUGCCUUCUGCCCUCACUGAAAUACUAAAUGUGGGAACUUUACCUUCUUCAGUUCAUACCCUCCAAAUGGUAGGCGAGUCACUAAACGAACGCUUAAUCAACCGCAUUUUUACUCAAACUCAAAUUACUAAACUAUAUAAUCUCUACGGACCUACGGAAACAAAUAACGUAACUUGUUAUACAUAUAAACCAGGCGAUGUUGUAAUAGAAACGAUAGGACGCCCCAUUGCCAAUACACAGAUAUACCUUCUAGAUGCAUCAGGUGAACCGGUUCCGCUGGGAACUGAAGGAGAAUUGUAUAUUGGUGGAGCUGGUGUGGCACGAGGCUACUUGAACCGACCGGAACGUACUGCAGAACGUUUUAUUUCUGAUCCAUUUAGUGAUAAUCCCAGGACACGCAUGUACCGGACCGGUGACCUGGCAUGCUAUUUGCCUGAUGGCAAUCUCGUUUAUAUGGGACGUACCGACCAACAAAUAAAAAUUCGUGGUUUCCGAAUUGAGCCAGGUGAAAUUGAAGCCUGUUUAGUCGACCAUCCUCUAGUAAGAGAGGCAGUAGUAUUGUCGUGGAAAAACAAGACAGAUGCAGAUGCUCGACUAGUCGCCUAUGUAGUGGCUGACCUCGAUACAUCACUCGCUCAAAAUCUACGAACUUAUCUAGCAUCUCUUUUGCCUGAUUAUAUGGUGCCAGCAGCAUAUAUUUGUUUAUCGUCGUUGCCAAUAACACACAAUGGAAAGUUAGAUCGACGUGCAUUACCCGCUCCAGACGAUGAGGCUUUUGCUCGUCAACUAUAUGAAGAACCGAGAGGCGAAACAGAAGUGAAACUAGCCGCACUUUGGAGUGAAUUAUUGGGUAUAGAACGUAUCAGUCGGCAUGACAAUUUUUUUGCGCUUGGUGGUCACUCUCUUCUGAUUGUACGAAUGCUGACCCGAUUAAGGCAAGUUGGACUGGACACCAACGUUCGAGAAGUAUUUAAUGCAACCUCUUUGGCUGCACUAGCUAAGACUCUCAACCAUUAUCAAAAAAUUAGCAUACCAACCAAUGUAAUUACCAAAGAUUGCACGAUGAUUAUUCCUGACAUGUUACCUCUCAUUAAUCUAUCUCAGACAGAGAUUGAUGCAUUGGUUACACAUGUGCCCGGUGGCAUAACCAAUAUUCAAGAUAUUUACGGGUUGGCACCAUUACAACAAGGCAUUUUAUUCCAUCAUAUGAUGGCUGAGCGAGGUGAUCCAUACUUGUCUGUUGCCCGUUUGAGAUUUGUGGAUAAGAUGGCGAUUGAAAAUUACACUUCCACCUUACAACAG